CUCCGGGCGCAGGAAGGUUCUGUGAGGACUUCUGGAACGGGCCUGCCUGCAGAUACAAAAGCGCUGCUUUGACCUGGAAUGCAUUUGCCAGUCUCGGUCCAACACCCUCUUUCCCGACCUGUAAUUUCCCCGCGAGCCUUCCAGUAAGACCAGCAGAGGGUUUACAGAUGUUAGUUCACUCUUACUCCAAUGCGGACCGCCAUGACGGCGUCUCGAGCCACAGUUCGCGCCUGUCCCAGCUGGGCUCGGUGUCGCACGCAGGACCCUACUCCAGCGCGCCGCCGCUGUCUCAUGCGCCUUCCUCCGACUUCCAGCCGCCGUACUUCCCCCCGCCGUACCAGCCGCUGGCGCACUACCAGAGCCAGGACCCGUACUCGCACGUCAGCGACCCGUACUCCCUGAACUCGCUGCACCAGAGCCAGCAGGGCGCAUGGGGUGCGCGCCAGCGGCAGGACGCCGCGGGGGACCGGAUGGAGAGCUCGGCCCUGCUGGCGCAGCCGCGGGCCUCCCUGCCGCAGCUGUCCGGGCUGGACCCGCGCAGGGACUACGGCGGCGUGCGGCGGCCCGACGUGCUGCUGCACUCCGCGCACCCGGGACUGGAGCCCGGCAUGGGGGACGGACUGCUGCACGGGCUGCACGGCAUGGACGAUGUGCAGCAGGCUGGGAAUGAUUCGUAUUUACCUUGGUUCCUACAGACCAUUGAUGACACCAACGGAACAAACAUACUGGAUCAAUCAGUGAUUAAAAAAGUCCCCAUGCCGCCCAAGAACAUGGGCUCCCUGAUGCUGGGGAAGGACGGCCUGAUCGGCGGGGUGACCGUCAACAUCAACGAGGUGUUCUGCUCGGUCCCGGGACGCCUGUCGCUGCUCAGCUCCACCUCCAAGUACAAAGUGACCGUAGGGGAGGUGCAGAGGAGACUCUCCCCGCCCGAGUGCCUCAACGCCUCCUUGUUGGGGGGCGUGUUGAGAAGAGCAAAGUCUAAAAAUGGUGGGAAGUGUCUGCGGGAAAAGCUGGAGAAGAUCGGGCUGAAUCUACCUGCCGGGAGGCGCAAAGCUGCCAAUGUCACUUUACUAACAUCUCUAGUAGAAGGUGAGGCGGUCCACCUGGCCCGGGAUUUCGGUUACAUCUGCGAGACGGAGUUUCCCACCAAAGCCGUGAGCGAGUACCUGAACCGGCAGCACGCAGAUCCCACCGAGCUGCACACGCGGAAAAACAUGCUGCUGGCCACGAAACAGCUGUGUAAGGAGUUCACAGACCUGCUGGCCCAGGACAGGACUCCCCUGGGCAACUCAAGGCCCAGCCCAAUCCUGGAGCCUGGCAUCCAGAGCUGCCUCUCCCACUUCUCCUUCAUCACGCAUGGCUUCGGCUCACCCGCCAUCUGCGCCGCACUCACCGCCCUGCAGAACUACCUCACCGAGGCUCUCAAAGGACUCGACAAGAUGUUUCUCAACAACCCUCCCAACAACCGGCACGGGGAUGGGAACAAGGUCGGCGACAAAGACGAGAAGCAACGGAAAUGAAGCAUGUACAGGAGGGGAGUGACGACGACGAGCUGAGAGGGAGGCCGACGCACACAGACAGAGGCGUUACACCGUUUCUUCUAGCUUUACACCACUGCGACUGACCUGCCGCACUCAAGGCUGAGGUGGAGAGGGAGGACGGGGAAGGCUUGGUAGAGAGAAAACAGCAGAGGAAGACACCCGUGGGCCAGUGUCAGAGAGCACAGAGGGAUUUUUCAUCUGUGUUGCAUUCUUUUCAUUCCCCUGAGGACAUGGUGGUUACUGUGCUACAUCCAUUUCGCUCCCCCCGCCCUGCAUCCUGUGAGACUGAGAUGCUGUGAGCAGCCAGCAGACAACAUUGUGUCCGUGUGCCUGAGUGAGUGUAUGUGAGUGUAUGUGUGUGUGUAUGUGUGUGCUUGUGUUUGUCUUCGCACAGAAAAAGCAUUGCAGGUUUGGAGUUUGGCUGAUGAGCAUUCUAUCUGUGAAACAGGUUUGCCUGGUUAUUUAACACAAGUAAGAGGAGGAACCGUGUUAAUUUAUGUGUGUAAAUAUUUAUUUAUAUUAAUUUAAAUGGAUGGUUGUGUAAAUAGGUGCGCCAGCUUUUUUGGAGUAGGCCUAUUUAUCUGUGAUUUGACCUUUGUGAGCCAGUGGGGGGGGGGGCAGGAUUCGUCCAGUGUUUUUCUGUUCUUAUAGAGCUGUUGUCAUGGUGCUGAUGAUGGGUAGACAUGCUUCUAAUUGUCCAGUGAUUUCAUUUCUAUCAUAUUGAUAAUAAACCAUGUGUUUUAUUAUGGGAGGUGUGAAGCCUGCGCCUUUUCUCCAAAGAAGUUCUCCAGUAGUCUGAUUAAAGGUCGGGGGUCAACUCAUGUUCAGUUCAUUCCAUUUGAAAUUACUUAUUUCAUUUAAUAUUAAUGAACACUUGUACCUGAAAUAGUUGAAGGUUUGAAAGAAGAAAAAAAUAAGCUCCAGAAAACAUUUGUCACUGUUGACUGUGAUAUUCAAUUAGAUGGGUCAAACUCCAGAGACCUGCAGGCAUCCUUGUUUAGUAAUUCUGAUUAAUGAAAUGUUUGCUGUAGGCUCCAACGUGAAAACAUAGGUUCACCAAAUCGGCCAAUGAAGGUAUGAGGUAUGCCAUGCGGUUUAUUAUUUAGUUGCAGCAGUAAAUUUCUUAAAAAUAACUUUGAAAAACAGAUUUGAAAACAGCGUUCCAGAUAUUUCACAUGGUAAAGUACUCUAUUUGACCUGAUGUUUUUACUGUCAAAGAGAUAAACCAGAAACUGGCUUAAGCUGUAUUAAAACGCCUCAACUAAAUUAAAUUUAAAGGGCAGGAUUAGAGUAAAAAAGAAUCCCCAAUAAUAAUAGUUUUACUUUCACUUAGGCUCUAUGUAGGGAUGGGAGGUGUACAAAGCCCGGGCAGGAGCGCGCCCCUCAUACAGAUGCGCGCCUCUCAUACAGAAGCGCGCCCCUCAUACAGAUGCGCGCCCCUCACACAGAAGUGCGCCCCUCAUAUGCGCGCCCCUCAUACAGAUGCGCGCCCCUCAUACAGAUGCGCGCCCCUCAUACAGAUGCGCGCUCCUCAUACAGAUGCGCUCUUGCACCAUGAUGGAUGCGCUCUUAUUCCAGCAGGAUA